AUGAUCUCCCUGAUGACCACCGAUGUGACACGAAGAGUGAUUGGCGUCAGCUGGCAAAUGAUGGAGGAAUCAGUGAAGAUAGGCCCAAAAAUCCUGCCCAGAAUGUCAAACGUUCUAUGCGAUAUCUUGCUGGCCUCGGAGGAAGAGGCGAAGAAGUUGGCGGGAAGCACCCUGGCAACGAAGUCUAUCCGCUUACAAUUUGAGUACUUCGGGACGAGAAGGACGAAAAUGACCGUCCAUGGAGUCCCAGUGGAUAUCAGUGGGGAUAGCUGUUCACAUCUAUCUAUCUAUCUAUCUAUCUAUCUGAAGCUCUGUUCACAUCUAUCUAUCUAUCUAUCUAUCUAUCUAUCUAUCUAUCUAUCUAUCUAUCUAUCUAUCUAUCCGAAGCUGUUCACAUCUAUCUAUCUAUCUAUCUAUCUAUCUAUCUAUCUAUCUAUCUAUCUGAAGCUGUUCACAUCUAUCUAUCUAUCUAUCUAUCUAUCUGAAGCUGUUCACAUCUAUCUAUCUAUCUAUCUAUCUAUCUAUCUAUCUAUCUAUCUGACAUCUCAUCUAUCUAUCUAUGUUGCACUUCAAAUCUAUAUAAAUUAUAUCCGGAGGAAUAUGAUAUUCCUACUCUCUCUCGCUCUCUCUCUCUCUCUCUCUCUUUCCUCUCUCUCUUUCUCUCUCUCUCUCUCUCUCGCUCUCUCUCGCGCGCGCCAUCCAAUGUCUCCCGAAAGUGCCCUGUUACCGCUCUCAUCUGAUAUGUCUGCCUACCUGUUUCUCUCUUGUUUCGUUUUCUUUCUUUCUUUCUUUCUUUCUUUCUUUCCUUUAAUCGCUACCUUUUUGUCUUUCUCCUUUUUCUUCUUCUUCUUCUUCUUCCCUUUAUUUACUACCUUUUUGUUUUUCUUCUUCUUCUUCUUUCUUCUUCUUCUCUUUAAUCGCUACCUUUUUAUCUUGUCAUCACCGUUUUAUUUUGGCCUUUAA